AGAACUAAAAAACUCUAUAUAAUGUCAUGUUAAACAAAUAAUAUGCAAAGCUAGCUUCUAAUUGCCAACUUCCACUACUCUCUCUCUAAAAUCUCUCCAGCAGUAUGGGAACAACCAUUCCCUUAUCUCCGGCAAGAGUAUUCUCAUUUCCGGCAAGAUCUCACCGGAAACCGCCACACAUAUGCCCCAAACAUGGUCCUUCCACUUUGUCACUCUUGAUCCCACCAACUUCUAUUACUACAAAACAUAGCAAUGAUCAUCAUAGUCUUAAAAUCGACACCACAAACAACUAUACAACCGCCACGUCAUCAAAGACGGUUUAUCGCGAUAACUGGCUUGAAAGUAUUGCCAUUGCUUUCCUCUCUAAGACCAUCCAAGAAACCGCGGGGAUAAAAGACGACACGCCCGGGUACAAGGGGAUCGUGUCGACCUCAGCAGCUGUGUUUCGGGAACUUAGCCCGAACGAACAACGCGCAUUUGUUCUUAAGGUUCUUGAGAAAGCUGUUCCAAGUUUUUCACUCAUCAUGAUUAAGAAGAUGAGACUGAUGCCCAAUUCAAAGUUUACAAGGGAGUUUUUUGCCAUCUUUACAACGGUUGCCUUUCGUUGGCUCGUGGGUCCCAGUGAGGUAAGAGAGUUGGAGUUUGAAGGGAAAAAAGAGAGGAAUGUUGUGCACAUAACAAAAUGCAGGUUUUUAGAAGAAGGGAACUGCGUCGGCAUGUGCACAAACCUCUGCAAGAUGCCAACACAAGAGUUCAUUAAGAAAAGUUUCGGGAUCCCCGUCAACAUGGUUCCUAAUUUUGAUGAUAUGAGUUGUGAGAUUAUAUUCGGUCAGGAUCCUCCGGCACAAGAAGAUGAUCCGGCGUUUAAGGAACCAUGCUACAAACUAUGUAAUUUAAAACAAAGGCAUACUGCAAGCUGCAUUAACUAGACCCUCAAGAACAAGGGUAAUAUAGAAAUUACAAAGAACAUAGGUGUACAUAAGAUGUGGGCCCCUCUAGAGCUCUUAUACUCACUAAUACAUAAUCAAUAUGUCAUAUAAGUGAAUUAAUCAAAAGAAUUCCAAGGCAUUUUUAUAUGUGCUUAUGUAAUUAAGAAAUUUGUCAUUUAUGCAGAGAAAUCUUUGUAAAUGAAUAGUGCGCAAUCGUUAACUAUGGUAAUCAUGUAACAAUAAAUCAAAGCUACUUUCGAGUUUA